AUGCAGACUGCUUCUACAAAUAUUUCUGAAAGAAUGGGUCGCUCUCAGGAUCUGAAUGAAUUCAAGCGUGGUACCGUGAUAGGUUGCCACCUGUGCAAUAAGUCCAUCUGUCACAUUUCCUUGCUACUAAAUAUUCCAUGGUCAACUGUUAGUGAGAUUAUAACAAAGUGGAAGCAACUGGGAACAAAAGCAACUCAGUCACAAAGUGAGCGGGGAAUGCGCAUGCUGAAGCACUAAGUGCGCAAACGUUGUCAACUGUCUGCAGUUCAAUAGCUAAAUACCUCCAAACUUUGUGUGGCCUUCAGAUUAGCACAACAAUAGUGUGUAGAGAGCUUCAUGGAAUUGGUUUCCAUGGCUGA